UAGCGUGUUAGUAUGAGGAGGGCGGGGCCAGGGUGAUUUCUAGAGACAUCCUCGGCCUGAAUCCCCGCCCCAUCGCUCCUAUUGGACAAAUAGGAAUAGAGUCCAUCCCCCUCCCUUUCUACAGCUCCGCCCCCCCGUCUCUGGCUGUGUGUGACACACGGAGUCCUGCUGUGAAGGUACAAUCACGCUGCUCCGCGUACGGAGAGUCCAGGCAGGGCUGCGGCUGUGUAUGGACCGCGCACCCGGUGCGUUCCCCCCCCUCCGGUGGAUGCGGUACCGCUGCGGGGAGAUGAGGCAGCAGAGAGGAUGAUCAGACCCUGGCAGCACUCACUCCUGAGGAACCGUCCCGCCCAAGGUAACAACUACAAGUCUGUGCGGACGAGGCAGCUGUGACAGCAAGUGAUGCGGCGGAGACAUUACUACCGCACCUCGUAGACUUUAUCACGGACUUUACUCCGCACACCCGCCCUCUUCACUAGUUUCUUGGGAGAGCCGGAUGUCUGGUAUGAGAAAUGAGUGUUGGAAGGAGAAGAUUAAGAUUGGUGGGGAUCCUAAUGAUGAUAAACUUUCUCAUCUAUGUCAUUGUCGAAGUAUCGAAGAGUGGCAGUGACGUUGAUAAUGAAAAACGCCAGGUUCUGUUACCCACUGGCAAGUUCUGGAGGAAACGUGCAUCCAGCGGUGCUUAUUGGAAUAGAGAGCAACAAAAGCUUGACCGAUUGUACAAUCCAAUUCUAAACUUGCUAAAUAACGUCACCGUGGAAGAGAUGGUGGCUUCCAACGCGAGUCUAUUAAAUUCCUGCGAUAUGGAUACAAAUAUUCAGUCUGAAAUAAAGGACUUUGAGAACUUGCCAGUCAGAUUCAAGGACUUCCUUUAUUAUUUAAGAUGUAAGAACUAUUCUCUGGUGUUGGACCAGCCAAAUAAGUGUAAAGAUAAACCUUUCUUGCUGCUGGCCAUAAAGUCCCUUACACCGCAGUUCGAUAGAAGACAAGCUAUACGGGAGUCUUGGGGCAAAGAACUGAAAGUCAACAACAUGACUGUUGUCAGGGUGUUCCUCCUUGGAGAUACUCCUCCCGAAGAUGAUAAUCCUGACCUUUCCGGUCUAGUAAAAUAUGAAAGUGACAAGUAUAAGGACAUCCUCCUUUGGAAUUACAAGGACACUUUCUUUAACUUAACUCUUAAAGAAGUGCUCUUUCUGAAGUGGGUAAGCCAUUCCUGUCCAGAUGUCCAGUUCAUCUUUAAAGGUGACGACGAUGUCUUUGUAAAUACCCAUCAGAUCCUGGAUUACUUGAAGACGUUGUCCACAGAAAAGGCCAAAGAUCUCUUCGUUGGAGAUGUGAUCAAGGAUGCUGGACCUCAUAGGGACAAAAAGCUGAAGUACUAUAUUCCUGAGAGCCUGUUUGAAGGUUCCUACCCACCCUAUGCUGGGGGCGGAGGUUUCCUUUAUUCGGGCAGUCUUGCUUUAAGACUUUACAAUGCAACAUCUAGAGUUCUCUUGUAUCCUAUUGAUGAUGUAUAUACUGGAAUGUGCCUUGAAAAGCUUGGUCUUGCUCCAGAGAAACACAAGGGGUUCAAGACUUUUGAUAUAGAGGAGAAACAAAAAAAUAACAUUUGUACCUAUUCCAACUUAAUUUUGGUCCAUCCUAGGAAACCCCAAGAAAUGAUUAAGAUUUGGUCCAAGUUGCAAGACUCUAGUUUGAACUGUUAAGACGGAAGUGCAUGGUCUACGCCAGUGGUCUUAAACUGUGGCCCUCAAGAUUUUGCAAAACUUCAACUCCCAGCAUGCUGGGAGUUGGAGUUUUGCAACACCUGGAGGGCCACAGUUUGAGAACACAGGUCUACGCCCUGCGGAAGGAUUUCUGAUUUGCACUGCUUAUAACGUGAGGACCUGUGCGGACAGUACAUGUCUUAUCACACUGAAUGUUUCCAAAGACUUUGCGUACCCAGAAGGCUGUAUAUCUAUAUAUUUUGUUUUUAUUUGUUUCCACAUGUUUUUUCCAGUUUUUGUCUAAAGUAGUUGGUCUUAAUUUAUGGAAACCAAUUGUUUGAGCAGAUUUUUUUUUUUUUUUUUUUUAACCACGGACGUUUUUGUGUUUUUUUUUAAAACAUAUCGCGUGUUCCCUUUUUUUUUUUUCUUUUGGGAUCACAUGGUUGUGAAAUCCAUACUUAUCAGAUGGUUCUAUCAUCCUAGGUGUGGAAGUCAUUUCUGUACUAAAAUUGUUGACUAUAUGUAUUUAUUAAAAGUGGCCCUCUCAUGUAAACCUUGGUCUUGCUAAGAUGUGUGAAAGCUUUUGGUUGCUAAAACAUCUUCCUUCCCUUUGCGAUGACAUCUGCUGCUUUGAAAAGGAAUUUCCUUUUUUGUGUUUUAAUUUGGCAUCAGUUCGCUGUGUGGUUUUUGGCAUGGUUCUUUAAAGCACAAUGCCUCAAAGUCCUUCCGAGGACUUUGAGGCAUCCAUACACAUAUAGGUAUCCAUACACAUAUGAUGGCUAUCUCUCCCGAACCCUCUCUACACAUGAAUGUUUGUGUGUUUUGAAUGGAGAGAGGAGGGGGUAAGGCAUCACUAGACAAUUCUGGUGGUGGCUUCUUUUUCAAACCGAAGAAUUGGGCAAGUGAAAUCCAAGAUGCCUUGUCUGUCUUUCCCUCGAUCAGCCUCCAUACAUGUUAGUGAUCAGCCAGUCCAGACUGCUUUUUUUUUUAUUUAUAAUGUGUAUGGGACCUUAAUUUACUAUUUGUAAAGUUCUCAGAAGAGUUAAUUUUUAUAGCUGCCACUGUGUCUAUUGCAUUGACUUGUUGAGGAAGCAUUGUGGUAAUCGGUAAAGGUGUUUAACUCAGGGCUGCUAGUUCACAGCCAGAACAGUAUAGCGUUCUGCAUCAUUGGAAGGAAAAAAAGAUGGAAACCUUUUAAAAGGAGUCUCUAUUCGUGCCUCCGGAGGCAGAAUGUUACAAAAAAAAAAAAA